ACACACAUACUAGAAAGAGAGAGAGAGCGAGAGAGAGAGAGAGUAACACCACAUGUUGCAGGACUGCUCAGACUUGGAAAAACACUCGCUCAGGAUGGUGACACAAAGGAUGAGAAAAUGCCCCAAAAUGUUGUCCGGUGCUUUUAUGGUCUGCGUUUUUGCUGUGUUCUUUCAAGGUGUGCUUUGUGACUUUGGGGUCAACGAGGAAGAGGUCAUGCGUUUUUUCCGUGGGGAUGGUGAUCUAACCCUUCCAACAGCAAAAAGUGAAGACAACGGUGGUUUUCAGGUCCAAGUGAUCGACUUAGACAACUUAUUCCCUUCAUCUAAGUCAUGGACCGCAGAAACUACCCCGGUUGAGAUCAGUGUGUCCACCCAGGCAGCUGAAUCCACCACAUACCAGCAGAGCACACAGAUCCCUGAUCAGCCCGACACAGACUUACCUAAAAACAGCAUGGUCACAUCUAACGAACAUGUGGUGUGUGUGGAUAAAAUACCGGAGAGAUACAAACACAAUGUUGAGCUGAAACUAAAGUCUCCCUCCACAUGUGAAGAGACUAAAGCCAAGAUUCAAAGUGUUCUGGAACAUCUUUGCGGUGAAGACUGCAAACUCGAAAUCUACCAGGAAGACAACACUGAUACGAUCAUUGUUUAUGGAGACAGUAUCGAAGCUAACCCCGAAGAAAUGGCUGACAAAUUCAACAACGACAACAUUCUGGAUAAGGUUGAAGUAGAAGAGGCAGUGUCUCGUACGAGCCAGCGCUCUAAAGUUGUCUUCGUCUCAGUGUUGAUAGCUGGUUUGCUUUUGGCUGCUUUGCUAAUUGCUGGUUACCUUCUAAAGACUCGACAAGAAGAGCCGAAAGGGCUUCGACUGGCUGAGGAAUCCUAUCCAGUGGAUCAACAGUCCCAGGGCAACACAUUGCUGUCCGAUGCCCCCCUCCCUCAACAGGAACCUUUGGACAAACCAGUCAUUAAUGGAGAGUCAACAGAAUCUGCACCCACCAAUGGACAUUCUGGCACACAGACACAGGUGGCCGAUACGCCAAUGUAAGAGGCUCAGAGUUAUUGUAAAUUCAACAACCAACAAAGAGACGAUGAGCAUAAACGGUUAUUGUAAACAACACACUCAGGCUAUCUAGAUAUUAUACAGAUUUUUGUUAAUCUUUGAAUAUGAUGGUGAUGAAAAUGAUACUGCAAAUGAAGCGGAGAGACUGAACAAUAAAGAUGACAACUGCGAUUUUAUCUUUUGUGCAAAAGCAAGAGACAAAGAAAAAAAUCUUUUUCUGAUUCAAGCUAUUAUGUUAGGUGCUGAUCUGAUCGCAAAUAUGCAUAUUUACAGAUGCUUUGACACAGCUUUUCUAUGCAGAAAAAACUUUUUUUUAUGAUUUGCAUACGGGCACAUUUUGUGAACAAAGUGAUUUUUUUUUUUUUUCAAAUUUUUUAAUAAAUUUGGUACUCAUUUUUAUGGAUCACAAGAUGCCAUAACAAUAUAACAUUUUCUGUAAAAAGCAUCUUAAACAGAAUUGAAUAAUUCGGACAACAGGAAAUCAGCUAUAUAAGACAAAUAUUAUAUUGUUAGGUCCUGCAACAUCUUAUGAUCCAUGACGAUGAACACCACAUUAUUAAAAUAAUUAAACAUGUAACAAUUUAACAAAAGCAGAUAAUGAAUAAUGACUUUGGACACCAAAUGUAUACCUGGAAUAACAUAAUCACCCAUAUGUUGGAAUACGCCUGAACCCCAAGUAUGCAUCCGCUUGUAAAGUCUGCCAUCAUGCACCGCUUUUGGGUCCAACCAAUCUCAUGUGCCAUGGGGAAUAACAGAAAAAAUACACCAAUAUACUCGUAUCAUAAUGCAAAACUACCAAAACCCCCUGAUCCUAAUUUUUAUCUCAACAACAAAUCCGAAAUGACCAAACAUGGACUCAUAGACGUGGAUUUUUUUAUUUUUUAUUGCUGUCAGUAAAUCAUACCCUGAGAGUUUAUACAUUUUUGGCGUAAAUGCGUGAUUUAAAUAAAUAGUGCUCAUAAACGGUUGUUUAAAUUGUAUCCUCUAAAUAAAAAGAGUUGAGGCUUGGACCCAGAUCAUUACUUAACAAGCAAAUAGUCUUGUGCCUCAUGGUAUGUGGUACAGGGUACAGUAGUAGUGAAUAAGUAUAAUUGUACAUUUUUUUAGGUACUUUAGAACAGAAAUAUGAUUAUUUACUGUACAUGCAGCAACAAAUAAAACUGAGUUCAGCAGA